AUGUUACCCGCGGCGGUUUACAUGCUUGCCUUGAACUGCAACGUUCAAUUCAAACCAUACAAUUACAAACUGAUCAAAGAACGCUUCGACACCAUAACCACAAGCGAUACGCCAUUCACGCUGUUUGAAUAUUCCAAGCCGUUGACGGGGUUCGCGCUGUUUGUCUUUUUCGGGAAUGGCGCUGAGGCAAAUGCACAGUACGCGAAAUGGGCUAAAGCUUUGGGCUUGGAUAAAAUUUUUGGUUGCUGCUUUAGUAACAAUGGAGAUGAUGUUGAAAAGAAUGGAUCUUUGAGGAAAUUGAAGAACUUCACUUCAUCACCUAACUCAACACGUCCAUUAAGUUAUAAUUCUUCAGAAUUCGCCAAGAAAGGUACACCAGCAGCAGCUGGAGCACCACACAUUCACAAAGAUGAGAAAUACCUGGCAACUAAUUCUGAAUCAUCAGACGACACAUCAUACACGUCAUUCACAACAAGCGAAAUCUCGGAAAGAGAAGCAGUUCGAGUACAAGCUCCAAAAAAGAAGAACGCAAAUUUCUUAUUUAUGCAUCGAACACCGACCGAACAAUCCAAAUUCGACUUAACAAGUGGCAUAAAAUUACGAAUCAAUGGUCUAUCCUCCACGAAAACAAUAACCGCAUCCACAUUCGAAAAUAAUGAUAAUGAUAAGGAGGACGAACAAGACACUAAAUUAGAAGAGGAACAAGCUCCACAAUAUCAAUCAACAGAAAGUUAUCACCGCGAGAUGCAAAAUGCCAUUGUCGAAAUUUACGAUCAAGAAGAACAAGACGAUCAAGUGAAUAUCGUAAUCGAUAAUGGAAAUAAUGAUGCACAAGAAUCAUCGAUUACAAUCCCACCCCCCUCGAUAACACGCGAAAGACAUUUAACAUCGCCAGUGAUUGUCGAGACGGAUACUUUUAUCGCAAGAGGAAUUGAUGAUGUUGUUGAGGAAUAUCGAAGAAUGGAUUCUUUUGACGUCGGCUCUGGAGAAUCCAAUUAA